GCAGCUCCUCCCCUCAGCGGCCGUGGGUUCGCGCAGCCGCCGCCACCGCCGUCCCUCCAUUCACAUCGAGGGAUUGCUCGGGGCUCGGCUCUGUCGUCGGCGGCAUGUCGCGAUACGGGCGAUACGAGACCAAGGUGUACGUGGGGAACCUGGGCACGGGCGCCGGCAAAGGCGAGCUGGAGAGAGCCUUCAGCUACUACGGGCCGCUGAGAACCGUGUGGAUCGCGAGGAACCCGCCGGGGUUCGCCUUCGUGGAGUUCGAAGACCCGCGGGAUGCCGAGGAUGCUGUGCUCGGCCUCGAUGGAAAGAUAAUAUGCGGCUCCAGGGUUAGGGUGGAAGUGUCGACGGGGAUGCCUCGUCGCUCCCGUUACGACAGGCCUCCUGCGCGGCGCCCCUUUGACCCUAACGACAGAUGCUAUGAGUGCGGUGAGAAAGGCCACUAUGCUUACGAUUGCCACCGCUAUAGCCGCCGGAGGAGGAGCAGGUCCCGGUCUCGGUCUCGCUCCAGGUCCCGUGGAAGGAGGUAUUCUCGCUCACGCAGCCGGAGUCGCGGUAGGAGAUCGAGAUCAGCUUCCUACCGCAGGUCCAGGUCAAUAUCUCCUCGUAGGUAUAGAUCCUUCUCGCCCCGCCGAUCUCGUUCCGGUUCUUUGAGGAGAUCAAGGUCUAGAUCCAGGUCCCGCUCAAGGUCUCGCUCUGUUGUGUGGCCUCGAAGCAGGUCUGGGUCCCAUGGUAGAUCUAAAUCUGGCUUACCUGCUAAAAGUCGCUCCAAGUCCAGAUCACCAUCUCCAAAGAGAAGCCACUCACCAUCAGGAAGCCCUUGAAGGAGGAGUGCCAGUCCUGAAAGAAUGGAUUCAAAUUUAAAACGUUUCAGAAGAAAAUUUAUUUUGUUUACAUUACUAUAAGGGAUUUUUGUGGUGUCUUUAUAAAUGUUAAGGGCUUCAACUGUUAAGGCUGUUUCUAUUUGACUAACAAUUGGCAUGAUCCUUUGACAAGUCUUACCGGUAGACUAAUGCAAACCUUUUUGUUGUGUUCCUGUUGUGUGAUCUGGAGCUGUUGGGCUUUUUUUUAUCAGCUCACUGAAAUAAUAAACUCUUAAUUUCUAACUAAGAA